AUGGUGGCUGCUUGGGGAGGCUACAUCUUCGUGCUCAACAUGAUUGGCGUUCACGCUGUCAUGCUGGUGCUACUGGGCCGCUUCAACAGCGGCGUUCACAAGGCGUAUUCCCUCUUCUUCAUCAUUGGCACAGCGGGUGCGGUUCAGAUCCCGGUGGUAGGAUGGCAGCCGCUGCGUUCGCUGGAGCAGAUGGGCCCUCUGCUAGUUUUCAUCGGCUACCAGGUGCUGGCAUUCUGCGACUUCCAGCGUCGGCGGCAGAAAAUGGAGACAUGGGCCUUCGUGAAGUACCGCAUCAUGAUGUGCGUCUUGGCCGGCCUCGGUCUCAUCGCAGUUGCGGUGAUGCUGUACCCCACUGGCUACUUCGGCCCACUCUCCUCCAGGAUUAGAGGCCUUUUCGUGAAGCACACGAAGACAGGAAACCCGUUAGUCGAUUCUGUGGCCGAGCAUCAGCCAGCCAAUCCGAAGAUCUACGCAUCCCAUCUGGGACUGCCCCUGAACUACGUGCUCUUUGGUGGCCUGGUCUCUGCCUUCAACCGCAACAACGGCUUCUAUUUCCUGUGCCUGUAUGGCUUCAUCGCGUCCCACUUCUCUGGAAAGAUGUCUCGAUUGGUCUUGAUCUGUGGGCCCAUCGUGUCUGUGGCGUGCGGAAUUUGGUGCGGCUUCAUCCUGGAUAUGCUCAUAGAACCGUUCCUUCUGCUGCUUGGAAAAAAGGGCUACGAGCAGCCCUCAGCAGAUGAUGAACCACCAAAGUCUGGAAAAGGAAAGCCGGAGAAAGAAAAGGGUGGCAAAGAAGGAAAAGAGAAAGAGGUCAAGAAGAAGAGGACUGCACAAGAAGAAGUCCCUCAGCUGGAGGAGCAUGAGGAGGAAUUACGGCCCGGGGGCGCAAUGGAGCUGAAGCGGAUGAUCAAAGGCUACUAUUGGAAGAGGUUCCCGGAAAGCUCUCUGAACGACUUGCCGGCCGCCCGCCAUGUACUGGACAACAAAUUCCUGCUGCUUCUACUCCGAGCUGGGCUUUCCGUCGUCUUCGUGGCCUAUAUGGCGACAAUGAGUGAACUUCGCGCCGAGCUCCCGGAAUAUGUGGAGCGCUGCAAGUCUAUAGGAGAGCAGGUUGCGAGCCCCACCGUGAUGUAUGCAGUCAGGCAGAAGGACGGCAGCAACUACAUCGUGGACGACUAUUACAAGGGCUACAAAUGGCUUGAGCAAAACACGGCGCAAGAUGCCCGAGUCAUGGCCUGGUGGGACUACGGCUACCAGAUCACAGGCAUCGCAAACAGGACUUCCAUUGCCGACGGAAACACAUGGAACCACGAGCACAUUGCGACCCUCGGGCGGACGCUCACUAGCGAGGUCAAGCGAGCACACAAUGCCAUUCGGCACUUGGCCGACUAUGUGCUGGUUUGGGGCGGCGGGCAGCGAGAUGACCUUGGCAAGUCCCCCCACCUUGCAAGGAUUGGAAAUUCCGUCUUCCCGGACCAUUGUGGCGACGACGACCCAAAGUGUAUGAAGUUCGGCUUCUAUGCCGAUCGGUCGCCGACCCCAAUGAUGGAGAAGUCCUUGCUGUACAAGCUGGUAGAGCACAACAACAAGAAGGGCGUGAGGGUGAACGAGCGUUACUUCAAGCACGUUCACACCACCAAGCAUGGCCUGAUGCGCAUCUAUGAGGUGCAGAAUGUGUCCCAGGAGAGCAAGGACUGGAUCGCCGACCCGAGCAAUCGAGUUUGCGAUGCGCCGGGGAGUUGGUAUUGUGUUGGCCAAUACCCCCCUGCCUUGAGCAAGCUGAUCGCGAAGCGGAGGAAUUUCGCGCAGAUUGAGGACUUCAACCGCAAGGGUGAGAAGAGCGCCUACACCCGGCUCAUCGAGAAAGAGAAGGGUGAACUCUGA